UCAAUGGCGCCCCACUGCUAGGAGUUUAUUUCCUUCUUGUUUGUGAUUUUACAUAAAAUUUCUCAGUUUUUAUCAGAAUAGAUCGAAAAUACCACGUUUAUUUUCGUAUUUUGGUUUUUUUUUUGUAUUUUUGUGGGAAAUUGUAUUUUUUUAAUAUGGCAAUAUAACAUCUGUCAUUCUGUGUUGACGUGACGCGAGACGUUAAUGACGUUUCGAUUUUGACAGUGAACUAUUUUGCACCGCGGCGCGUCUGCAGUCGAGUUGAUUUGCUCAUCGGCUACGUUUACAUUUAAUAUGUCGAAUUUAUAACAAUUAUAUCGCAUAAUCCACUUUGGACAAAGAGCUACCGAACGUGGAACACAUCGCUCGCAUUUCGUGACAAUAAAAUGCAUUUGUUCAAUCUCAAGAUUAUCAAGAAGCAAUACUUAGCGCUUGGGAUGUUGAUUUUCGUAGUAUUAUUUUUGUUUAAUUCGAAGCCCGCGUUUCAGUGUCAGUUGAACCCGGAAACACCGGCCUACUUGCCAACGAUAUACGGGAUUACGCCAACGUACGCAAGAUUGGCGCAGAAGGCUGACCUGACAAGGUUAUCUCAAACUCUGAUGCUAGUGAAGCAUUUUCAUUGGAUCGUCAUAGAGGACUCAAAUACAAAGAGUAAGCUAGUGGAAAACUUGCUCAAGGAAUCAAACUUAAAAUAUACACAUCUCAAUGCGAAGACUGAAAAACCCAAAGGAUCUUCGGUUAUUGAUGUCAAUGUUUGUUUAUUGAAGAAUAAAAAGUUCAACACAAGUUUUUAUUGCGCAAGUGGAGUGGAGCAGCGAAAUAAAGCUUUGGACUGGCUACGAGCGCACCUGAGUUCCCCAGAAGGUACUCCGGGCGUCGUGUUCUUCAUGGAUGACGACAACACGUACUCCCUGAAGGUCUUUGACGAGAUGCGAAAGAUCAAGAAAGUGGGUGUCUGGCCGGUAGGCAUAGUCGGGGGCAUGCGUGUAGAGAUGCCACUAGUAACGGACGGCAAAGUAUCCGGGUACAACGCCGUGUGGAAGCCGUACCGGCCUUUCCCCAUCGAUAUGGCGGGUUUCGCCAUCAACGCGACUCUUUUCCUGGACUUUCCUGAGGCGAAGUUUUCCAGGAAAGUGCAGUCUGGUUUCCAGGAAAGUGAAAUCCUAAAAUACGUCGUAACCCAACAGGAGCUAGAGCCUCUAGCCGACAACUGUACAAAGGUAUAUGUAUGGCACACACGCACCCAGAAACCGGCCAUACUCAACCCUAAAAAACUCAAAAAACCCCUGGUCCCUGAUGACCACAUCGAGGUUUGAAAUGUUCCCGGUAGUCAUCAUAUCGGUUUUAUGCUGAGCGUUGAACGCUUGUUUUCAGAAUCCCAAGGGAUUUCGACUAAUUUUGAAAAUGAGCUGUGCUCCUUUCAUGUGUGAAAACAUUUCCUGAUAAAAAGACAAUGUAUGUACCAGGGGUCGGAUACCGGUAUUUUAUUCAUACAAUUAACCGGUUACUUAAUGAUUUCGAUUUAUCGUGAAACGUCACGCUUUUUUUGUUCUUUAAAUCAUUAAUUUAUUAGAUUGGCUAAUAGGCUAAUAAGCACACACUUUAAAAUAAAAAUAGAAAAUAUAGUUUUAGAAUGAUAUUCUAAAAAUGUUUAAUACCGGUUACGACCCCUGGUCAAAUUCAGUAGAAUACUAGCCAAAUAUUGACUACAACCCUACCCUAGCAGUUAUGAUCAGUAAAGUGAUCUCAUUUCUCAAUUUAUAAAUUUAAGCUGGCAGUCUCAUGCACUACUUAAAUUUAAAUAUCGGGAGGUCAUGAGUCAUUCAUGACCUGACACUUAUGAAAUAAAUUUAAGGCUAUAGAAUUCAGCAAAGUACUCGAUAUCACGUUUGGUUUAAAAUCUGUCGAUAAUCAUAAGUGACACAUCAACAUUUGGCGGUAGUUUGAAUUCACCCACUCCAAGGGUGUUUAUUGGCCUAUUUUGAUUCCGUGUCGGCGUUUUAGCAAAAAAGUUACUGUUGCGUGUUUUUUAUGUCCAAUCUUUCUUCUACCACGUAGUUAGGGUAUACGAUUAUAUGAUAAUGCAUUAUCAAUAAAGUAAGUCGAGUUAUUGCUAGGUAUUGGGAUGUGAAUUUUAUUAGGUAUUAAUUGUUCGCUAUUCGUCAUUCAUCAACGUAUGUUGUUUCAAAACGUACCUGUUUGCAUAGUAAGCUAUUACAUGUUUUAUAACAACCAGUAUAUUUUCACUAGAAUUCCAUAAGUAAUAAGUAGAAGAAAAAAAAUUUAAUAUUCACUGAAACUACAGAGUAAAACCGAAAUAAAUUGCGAUUUAGUUCAAAGUCAGUCCGACAUUAAAUGACGAAUAUUUAAGAGCUCCCUAAGCUAGUUCUUUCUGAAUAUCUCACAUGGUAAUUAACAUUUAAAUUUAAGUAACUUGGAUUUAGAUAUGUCUUAUAUUAUUUAAAUUCAAAAUAGUAUUUAUCAUUUUUCACCUACUUCAGUUUUAAAUUUAAGUCGCGCAAAAGUAUCUGUAAAAAAAUUGAUGUUUUAAAGUAAUCUUACUAAAUCAUGUGUACGUAAUUAAAUUAUUGGAAUUACUUAUCCUCAGGGAUUGGCAAAGGUUUCGUGCAUUAGUAAAAUACUCAAUAAGUAUAUGACUUCUGUAAUACACUAACAUUUACUUUAACUAUAAUUAUCUACUUUGUAAUAAUAACCGUAAAUAGAACAAAGUCACAAUAACCCCAUUAUUGAAUAGAAAAGGUUUACAAUGUCGAACAAAUGAUUCCAUUUCCUCAAUGUUUUCAGUAUUAAUAUGUUAAAAUAUCGCUUGGCUGUUCUGUUUAUAAUAUAUAUUUAGUAUUUUACGUUAGAAACGCUAGCGAUUAUAUAAGAAUGUAGCCAAUGAUAUGUAUAUUUAUGAAGCGGAUAUCUUUAAUGCGACGUAAGAGUUGCUCGUUCGUGUUAGUUUACAUUAGCUAUUUUACGUUACGUGCAAUAUUUUAACACGCGGAUGAUGAGAAUUUUAUCUAAGAGGGGGCCUAAAGCCUGGAAAUUGGAAGCGACCAAAAGAUAUUUCACGUCGCGGAAACUUGCGAAGGCAGUGCCAUGUAAAAAAAAUAUUAUAAAAACUACAGUUUUGCGUUAUCUCCCUCUUAAUAAUAAAAGCACGAGCAAUAAAUUGAACUGUUGGCGGUACUCCUCAAACUUACCAACAUUUGUUCAGCUACUUUCGAAAAUUAUGUAUGUAUGUAUGUUCCUAUUUUUCAUACAAAUUAAAUAUUACCUUAAAUGUGUCAUCAGUGUACAUAAUUGACGUUAAUUGUCACCAUUGACGUAUUAAAAAAAGAGGACGCCCAAUGCGAAAGAAAUAUGUCAAAAUGUAUGGAACAAACUGACUACGGAAGGUGGAGAUAAGGAACGAAAUCUCCAUGUACCAAAAAGUGUCAUCAAAAAACUUUAAAUUGGUGGCGCUACAAUACCUAGAGUACUUGAACAAAAAAAUCCAAUCAUAGACAGCGCACUUCACUCCGUCAAUAGCGCCUAGGUUGUUAGCUACUCUAGCGCUACUCUGGAGAGAUUUGGAACUAUUAUUUAUAGCUGACAGCUGGACACUUUUGCAACAGUUCUACCAUAAGAGAUGCCACUCCUCUUAAUUCCACACUCCAUAAAACUGACAUUAGGCAACUCUGCUCUGGUAGACGCGCUCUGGUAGAUGCUAAUAACGCUUCUUUAUACUUUUAGUCAAGACAAAUAUUUGAUACAAAAGUAAACUUGAUGCAAUAGAGUUUAAGUGUCAAAUUUACAAACGGAUAUUUCAAAAAAAAUAAUACUUUAUUGUUAAAUGACGUUUUCGUAAGUUGAUCAUUGUAUAAACGUGAAAAUGAUUAGCGAGUGAAUCGAGUCGCUUUAUGUAUAUACAUUAUUUUAAUAUUAUUGUCUUUAAACAAAAAUAUCAAAUUGAAAAUAGAAUAAAUAUUUUUUUUAUAUAACGAUUGAGAUAGUUGUAUGGAUGGUCUUUGUUUUGAAUGACAACAUGCAGUCUGCGAUUGCCCUGCAAGAAUAUACUACUUUAGAAGAACAUUUUACUACGUACAUAAAUAUAAAAUAAAACGACUUAAAAACACCUAGUUCCUUGAAAUAAAUUUAAUUUGUUGUAUAAUUGUCUUUUUGAUCUACAUUUACUUUUGGAUCUUUCUUUUUUCGCAAUGUAAUGUAAACGUAAGUGCAGUUAGAUACAGGUUGGUUAUCGAGUUUAUUACAAGAAUUCUAUGAUUGUUGUUAUAUUCUUCUUCUGGUGGACAUGACGUAAAAAUGUUUACGUGCUUUUAUAGGUCAUGGCUUAUUCCCCUUCGCAUGUAAUGUCUUAAAAAAGUUUCAGUUGUUGUGCAAACUUUUUAUGCGCAUCUUUAGACGCAUAAUAAAAAAGCCCACCCAUGUAGAACAACAAAACAACGUGUCGGCAACGCGUAUGUGACAUUCUGGUGUUACAGGACUACUAGGUUACCUAUGGAGCUACGGUGACCGCUUGCCACCACGUGAGCCGUAUGCCUGUUUGCCACCAACAUGGUAUUAAAAAAAUCUAAUGUAGACUCCAUAGAUUUUUGUUCCGUGACAACCGUUAAUUUGUAUCAACAAAAUGAAUUAAUUCUGUUAAAAUAUCAAUAGAACUCACUGAAAUAAAUAUGUCAUCCUUUUUUCUUGUUGUUUUUUUCACAGAACAUUUCGUCAUGUUUGACAGUUGUCAUUGUCGACGGCCGAAACGAGACUGGGAGCAAAACUCAUGCUCAAGCCGUUCGAGCAUUACUUUUGUGGAGCCUUUUUUUUCGGCUGAUUGUGAAUCCAGUUAAUUAUCAAUGAUUGUCACGCUAUAAAGAUAACAAAAUUCGCAAUACAUUGCGUCUUGGAAUAAACUUUAAAGUGUUCUAAAAAUCAAAAGAAAAGUUGCUGAGCAAAUGUUGGUCAGUUUGACGACUACAGACUACACUUUUAUUUUUUGCUCCUGUUACAGGCCACACCCGGUAUAUGGUAGUUAUCUAUAUUUAUAAUCCAAGUGAUCCAAGUAUGUACUUUAUAGUAUUUAUCUAUAAUUUGACACUGUUAACUUUAAUUUAUUUUGUUUUAUGUAGUAAAUCAAUUUUGAUGAAAUGCAAAUUGUACACCUUUUGUUAACUAUUAGAAUCAUCAACACCUUGAUGGAGCCAUAACACGAAAAAUUGAUUGAUUGAGAAAUAACAAGCACUGGUUUCUAGUAGCACGUUUCUUUCAUUUUAAUACUUAAAUAUUUUUUUUUUAAACAGUCACUUAAUUAGUAAUGAUUUUUUUUUCUGAUGGACUUAUGUAAACGCGCGUAAAGCACUGAUUUUAAAGCUCUUUUUUGUAAAUUUCGUAAAGUUUGAUCUGCUAAAAAUGGUAAUUUUGUAUUACACAUAUCCUGUACUUCAACUUAAUAAACUACACUUUGUAAUUAUAAAUUUUAAGUAGUGUAAAUGAAAGUUAGACGAAAUCAAUUUUCUCCAGAAAUUACUUCAAAACAAGUGGCAAUUACUCUGUAAAAUCGACUUAAUUUCAACGUAAUUUUUGAUACUUAAACAAUCUACAACAUUUGCUAAAACUGUUCUUAUACAUCAUUCUGUAUAAUUUACCACCAUAAUUUUAUGAUGAAUUUUUAAAAAGAGUCCCUUCUCUUCACAUAUUACCGGGGACGCACGCUUGCGACCUCAUUAUUAAAAGGAAAGAUAAGAAGAUGUUCUAAUAGAAACCAAUAGUUGUUAUUAAGAUAUUACGUUACAAAAUGCGUACAAUUUCAACGACUAAAUCUAUCAAUUUUACAUUUUUGCUCUAAAAUCGUUACCGGGCUCUUAAGAACGCACAAGAAUAUAUUAUUAUUUAAAAAAUAUAUUCAGUAUCUUAAUUAAUUACAUAGUCUGGUAAUUAAUUGAGAUACUGAAUAAAACAUUUUUUUAUAUAUAAUAAUAUAUUCUUGUGCGUUCUUAAGAGCCCGGUAACGAUUUUAUAGCAAAAAUGUAAAAUUGAUAGAUAGAUUAUUCUUUUACCCAUAAAAUAUCAUAAUCACAUUAUACUGCCAACGCUCUAGAAGUUUAGACUUAAGUUAUAUGCCAUAUUAUCAGUCUGUAUAAUAAAUAUAUAACAAUUAAGACCAUCAUGUAUCUUUUUAGUUGGGUAUGAUGCUAAUUUGACAAUUGAUAAAGUUAUUGUACUAGUUUUACUUAGUGAAUCUUAUUUGUCUAUUUUGAACGAUAUUUACAAGCUUGAAAUAGACAAGUAGAGAUAUUAUACAUUUUCCAGCUUUAUUGUUUACCUACUCUAUAUAUUAAAUACGCUGUAUUUAUUGUAUGUUUAUAUUUAAUAACAAAGCAUUCGAAUAUAUUCCUUGCAUCUUAGUGAAAUAUUAGACUUAUUAGAAUAUAAUCUGGCCUAUUAAGAUAAAUUAAAUCUUCGUAUUAAAGGUAUUUAUUAUCAUUAGUAAUAAUCAUAAUAUAUGGAAUUUAUUUUUAAUUUAAGUGUAAUUACCUAUCUACUAGUCCUUAAUACAUAUCUUUUGUACUUUAUCUAGAUACUCGUAUAUCAAAAGUUAUACUUAUUUGGUAUCGACUUUCUAUUUUAUUUAAAUUGUUUUAAAACCGAAACAUUGUGUCAAAACUGCCAAUUUGACUGCUUUGCUGAUUAUAUCAAUAUUACGAAAUAAUAAGAAACAACUAAUUAAUAUUUCCAAUGAUGUGCUGUUUUUCUUGAAAGGCCAUAGGGUCUAGGGUUUACGGAAACAAUUAGUAUCUACCAUUUCACUGGACUGUAAACCCAUUAGCUUCUUAAUUUGAUAACACUGAAAUAUCCAUAUAUGAAGGCUAAAAGCAUAAUAUUAUCAUAAGUUUUACUCAAGUGCUCAACUGAUCAAUAUGGUCUAAUACUUUUUAAACCUAGUACGUAAUUACUGAAUUAUAUUGUACUUAUAAUUAGGCUAGUUUUAAGAACAACUGUAAAAUUAUUUAAAUGGGCUAUUUGCAUACAUAAUUUAGUUAAAUUGUGCUACAGUGUUCUGAGACAUAUUUUUCUUGUUGUGCAGUAUAUUUAUUUUAAUAGGUAUAUUGACAAUAAUAAAAUGUUCAAAUAUGUCGCAAUUGAAAAUCAACAGCGUACAAUGAUAUGUGUACAUUGCUUCUGUUAUAAACCGAAGAAACGAAACUAAAUAGUAAGAGAUGGGGUUUAUCCAUUUAGUAAGAACUUGAGUAUAAAGCAAUAUAGCUAGGUAAUAAAUAAGGUGUUGUAAGUAUCAAUAGAUCUUUUUUUUAUAACACCGCAGUAACUUCAGGUCUUUCGCUUUCGGCUGUUUCAGAUCCAUUAUUUUAGUUACACUUCACUAUGAAUUUUCUAAUAAAACUAUAUUAGUAUUACUCGUAUGAGGUAGGCAAGUACGCCUUACCUAUACAUACAAAGUCAUUAGAGGAGUACGUAAUUCAUAAAUAACCAACAUAUCCACAGAAAUUUGUUUCAAAUGACAUGUAAUGGUACAUUACAUAUAUGUUACUCUUUGCUUUAUUAUUUUAUUUAUUUUUAUUAAUACAAUAAUUAAAAACUUAUAACAGUUCUCUGCAAAACUGUAUUUACAGUUUGACUGCAGUUACAAGCAAGUGCAAGAAAUUGGCUUAAAUGAUAAGCGAUAAAGGAGACUUACUGUGCACUGUCACAAAUAGUCUUAUUCUACAUUACUAAGUAGUUGUAUAAAAGUAUAUUAUGAUAUUAUUAAGUCGCAUAAAUGUAAGUAAAAACUAUGCUCGAACUCAUUUUACCCAGAUUUAUGAAUGAUUUGGUUCAUAAUUAUGUUAUCUUAUAUUUUAUUUAUUUUCUUAGGGAGGAGUUUAGUAAUACCUACAUAUUUUAUUAUAGCUCGUUAUGUGAUAGCUCAUAGUAUUUAUAAUUUUGUAAAUUCCUUACAUCAUGUAUCAUGAUUAGUCUGGAAAUAAACUCUGGAAUUCCAACGUA